CAGAGCUCGUUCCCGGAUUGGCAGCACUCGUGAAGGGCCCAUGUGGUGCAGUAAAGAGCGGAUCACAAACUUUAGCACUUUAGAACGCUUUCACUUCAUAAAUUGGACUGGUGAAUGUUUUCAAAGGCCGUUUUUCCAACAUGUUGUUAGAAGCCAAGGAUGGUGAAGAAACCGUGGUGUUGAGAGCGGUUGCCGGCUCGGUGCAGGUUCAGGUGGAGCCGGUGGGUCGAUGGUUUGAGGCAUACAUUAGGAGGAGAAACAGGAAUGUGUCAGCCUCAUUUCAGGAGUUGGAGGAAGAGGAAGAAUCCUCAGAGGAAUCAGAGGAUGAGGAGUUCCAGCUUGAGGAGCACCCCAUGCUCCGAACACUCGACCCCAAAGACUGGAAGAAUCAGGAUCACUAUGCCGUCCUUGGGCUCCCACACUUGAGGUACAAAGCGACACAGAAACAAAUCAAAUCUGCUCACAAGGCAAUUGUGUUAAAACAUCACCCCGACAAAAGGAAAGCUGCUGGAGAACAGAUUUCUGAAGGAGACAACGACUACUUCACCUGCAUAACUAAAGCUAUUGAAAUCCUUUCUGAUCCUGUGAAGAGGAGAGCCUUCGACAGUGUCGACCCUACCUUUGACAACGGUGUUCCUUCCAAGGGCGAAGGCAAAGAAAGCUUUUUUGAGGUCUUCUCUCCAGUUUUUGAGAGAAAUGCCAGAUGGUCUUCCAAAAAGCACGUUCCCAAACUUGGAACUGUGGAGUCGUCUUUUGAAGAAGUGGACAAUUUUUACUCCUUUUGGUAUAACUUUGACUCAUGGAGGGAGUUCUCAUAUUUGGAUGAAGAAGAAAAGGAAAAGGCUGAAUGUCGCGAUGAAAGAAGAUGGAUUGAAAAGCAGAACAGGGCUUCCAGAGCUCAGAGGAAGAAGGAAGAGAUGAACAGAAUACGCACACUAGUUGAUACGGCCUACAGCUGUGAUCCUAGAAUAAAGAAAUUCAAGGAGGAAGAAAAGGCGAGGAAAGAGUCUGAGAAGAAAGCCAAAGCCGAAGCCAAGAAGAGGGAGCAGGAGGAAAAAGAGAGGGCACGGCAGGCAGAGCUGGAGGCGAUUCGUCUUGUGAAGGAGAAGGAGGACGAGGAGGCCAGACAGGCAGCCCAACAGGCCAAGAAGGAGAAAGAGAUUCAGAAAAAGGCCAUCAAGAAGGAGAGACAGAAACUCAGAACCACCUGCAAGAACUGGAAUUACUUUGCUGACAAUGAGGCAGAUAGUGUGAAAAUGAUGGAGGAAGUGGAAAAACUCUGUGACCGGCUGGAACUGAUAAGUUUGCAGUCCCUGAAUGAAAUGUUAGCCUCAGGCUCUAAAGAAGAAGGGAAGGCAGCAGUGGAGAAGCAGGUGCAGGAAGUGAAUGACCAGUUGCAGAAAGAAAAGGAGGCGGAAGUUCAGGCCAUGCAGGCAGCUCGUAGUUGUGAGCAGGCCAGCAGUGGAGCUGGAGGUGGAGGAAAGGGCUGGAACGAGGACGACCUUCAGCUUCUUAUCAAAGCAGUCAACCUGUUUCCUGCUGGAACCAAUGCCAGAUGGGAAGUUAUUGCCAAUUACAUGAACUUGCACACCACUACUGGAAUGAAAAGGACAGCCAAAGAUGUCAUCAACAAAGCCAAGAAUCUACAAAGACUUGAUCCACUACAGAAAGAUGAGAUAAACAGAAAAGCCUUUGAGAAGUUUAGGAAGGAACACUCCUCAGUGCCGCCCACUGUAGACAACGCUGCACCUUCAGAGAGAUUUGAUGCAUCUGGCAGUGAAGGGAAUACUGCUCCCUGGACAACAGAAGAACAGAAACUUCUGGAACAAGCCCUGAAAACAUACCCUGUGAGCACCCCUGAACGCUGGGAGAAAAUAGCUGCUGCUGUUCCCGGACGAACCAAGAAAGACUGUAUGAAGAGGUACAAGGAAUUGGUGGAGAUGGUUAAAGCCAAGAAAGCUGCUCAGCAACAAGUGACGGCAAAGAGUAAAAAAUGACAACCACAAAAUAAUAGUAUGUUUGUUAUUUUAAUGUUAUGAUCUUUAUUUUUUAAUAAAAGCUUGGAGACCAUA